GGGAGGGAACGCUAGAAAAAUAGUCGAAACUGAUCACGUGACUAACUUCAGCUGAGGCAAAUGGCGUCAGCGAGAAGGGACUCUACUUUUUUGUCUCUCGAAAUUCAUGAAUGAACCAGGUAAAACCUGAAUCUCAACCCAUGAAAACUCGUCAGGAAGUUUCAGAACUAUGAAUGAAGUGAAGCCCGAAAAACACGGGCCCAUGGGGGAACCACACUGGGAUACGUCCUCAAUGGUGCCAAUCAUGCCGCCCAUGGGUGCGCCCACCCCUAUGCACCAUAUGCAUCAAAUGCCACCCCCGCCACCACAUUUGAUGCAUCCAGGUGCGAUACCGCCAGGACACCCGGGACACCUACCAAUUAUGGAGCAUAAUAUGCCUCACACACCUGCAGGGCUCGUCGCUCCCUGUCCCAUCAGGCCAACCCCCAUGAUACCAACUGCGGAGCCAAUGCCUCUGAUGCCAGGACAAGUUCAAGGGUUUUGGGUUUUUCAGGAGGGUAGCGCCCCAAUUGGUGAACCGAUUUUGGCUCCCCUGACACCAGAGCUUAUGAACAUUGGCUGGCGACAGUGCUGGAGCAAAAGGGAAAACAGGCCCUAUUUCUGGAAUAAGCUAACCAAUGAAUCGCUUUGGGAGACGCCGGUCCUGAAGCCCCCACCGCCGCCGCCUCACCCUCAGCAGAGGUUUGACCCCAUCACAGAUCCUCUCGGCAUAUCGUCUGGCACCAAACGAAGAGCAUCUGAGGAAGCGAAUCCGCAAGCGAAGAGAAUUAUAUUGACCGGUCCGUGGGAUUUGGAAGUCAGUACAAAUGUGAUCAUUUUGGAACGAUCUUUGUCCGAGUUGCCUCAACCACACCCUGAGACGGAAGCGAUGAGGGCGAAUUUUGUGGCAAAACUGAGACAAAGCUACCAAGAUCUUUGUCACUCGAGAGAAGCUAUCGAUGCGCCUAGAGAGUCGUUCAAUCGCUGGCUGAUGGAGAGGAAAACUGUUGAUACCGGAACGGACACGCUGCUACCCAGCAGGUGCGCGCCCGAGGUUUCCCCAGCAAUGUUUGCCGCCAUCAUGGACGAUAUUCCAAUACGUCUGGUCAAGCCUAAAUUCACAGGCGAUGCGAGGAAACAAUUAUCCAAAUAUGCUGAAGCUGCCAAAAAGCUGAUAGAGUCGCGGACCGUGUCGCCUGAGAGCAGGAAGAUAGUGAAGUGGAACGUGGAGGAAACAUUUAACUGGCUGCGCAAAACCAUAGGAGCCACUUACGACGAUUUCCAGGAGCGGCUCUCGCACUUGAAGUCCCAAUGCCAACCACACUUGGCCGAGGCAGUGAAACGUUCUGUAGAAGGAAUAUGCCUGAAAAUAUACACUCUGUCUUGUGAUUACGCGCGCAAGGUGCGCGAAAAGAAUGAGGAACUAUUGAAAGCCAACAAUGUGCUGAUACCUGAGGUUCCGCCACUUCCACCAGCCCACAUGCGGAGGAAGGUGUGGUGCUACCCUGUGCAGCUGGCUAGUCCAGGUGCACGACUUCCGGCAAUCGAGUACCUGCCCGACAGAGCUGAACAAGCUGUAUUGAGGUGGAAAGGAGAUGGAGUUUCCAUAAACAUCAUGCACCUUCAAAAAUUGGAGUUACUUUACAAGCACAGUUGUUACGACGAUAAGAAAUAUGAAAUGUUCCUGCCGAGAGUGUGGUGUUUACUGAAGAGGUACUCAUCCUUCAUGGGCGAAAAUCUUCCUGGGGGAGGUGGAGCCAACUCGAGUCACUCUUCUUUGCCAACCGCGGUCUUUGAGUGCAUGCAAAGCUGCUUCGGCGUCACGUUUGAGUGCUUUGCAUCCCCUGUGAAUUGCUAUUUCAGGCAGUAUUGCUCUCCAUUCGCUGACACCGAUGGUUUUUUCGGCUCUAGAGGUCCUUUUCUUGAGUUUUGGCCAGUAAGCGGGUCUUUUGAAGUGAACGCACCAGCCUGCGAGGAGCUUCUGCUUGCUUCCCUAGGCCACAUUGAAAGACUUCUUGCUGGCUCGCCGGAACCUUUGUCGUUUAUUGUGGCACUUCCUGAGCGCAGAGAGGUGAGCGCCCCUGCUGGUCCUGAUUCGCAAGCACCAGCUCCAACGUCGGCCCUUGAGGCCCUCAACAAGUCAAGAUUUGGAAGAAGACAAAUUGUUGUGCCUGCUUUUGAACAUGAAGCUAUUCACGGUCUUCAGCACUGCAUACAAAGGAGUGAGGCAAUCAUCAAAAGCUCGCACGCCCUGGUGCUGGUGUGGCUUCAAAACGAAUCUGGCUUCCAGAAAUGGGGACCGACCGAAGAGAGAGUGGAACAACUUCUAGAGGCGUUUCGCCCGGGGCGCCACUCUGACCGAGAGAGAAAGGAACUGUUGUCGCCCACUCGGCCAGGCUUAGGCAGCAGUCACCACCAUAGUGUUCCAAUGACGCCAACCCUUCCCGUGCCCAUCAUCCCACUGACGCAUCUGCCUGUUGUAGUCGACCACCCGCUGAGCAAUGGACAGGUUUUGCCCCCUGAUUCAAAGUGAUCCUCAACGAUUUUUCAUAAAUUUGUCAUAUAUAUAUAUAAUUAUACAUACAAAAUAAUAUCUUUUAAACGUGCGUGUCUGAGUUAAACGUUUUUGCAAUUAUCAUCAUGUAUAGAAUGAAAUGUUUGGAUGUGGAGAAGUGCGAUUGAAUAUUUGGUAAUGAAAUUAUUUAGUCUAUGUCGACAAUAUAAGGCAGAAAUAACAAUGAUUAGAGGUACAAAUUAACUUUAUAUUUCUUGGGAUGAUGUGGAGACGACUGCACACUAUGACUUUGUGCAGUACUACAGGAGUACGCCCUCUUGUUGUCUUUACAUUGUUGCAUUUUCUUAUAUUUAUGAAUUUUUAAAUUUUGUUUCAUGCUUGGAAAGCGAAUAUAUUUUUUGCAAAGCGAAAGCUAUGGAGGUUAUCUUAACACAGUAGUAAAAACUAAUGUCUCAAAAGUCUUAUCCUAAAGUGUGCAAAUCACUGGAACUCACCAACUUCCCGUGUCACUGUUUGUAAAACAUCAAAAGGCAACGUAUUAAAUGUUAAUAAAAGAAAUGCACGCAAAAA